AUGUGUAAUGUUGGCAGGGACCGCCUGUUCGUGAAGCGCAUGGGUUCUCCGCGGUCGUCGUGGGGCGACUACGUGGCGCCGUUCGAGCGCCGGCUGUGGGCCGCCGUGGCCCUGAGUGUGCCCACGCUGGCGGCCGCUCUCUCCACCCUGUACCGACUGGGCAGGCACUUCGGCACUGCAGACGGCAGCGGACCCUACUACUACUCCUUCUACGACUCCCUGCUUUACGUUUUUGGCGCAUUCUGCCAGCAAGGACACGACAUCACCCCACAGUCGAACGCCUGCCGCAUCGUGUACAUCACGGCGUACAUCACAGCCAUCAUCACGUUCGCCGCCUACUCUGCGGCGCUCAUAUCAUCGCUGACGGUCGUGUCGGAUGACCUGCCCUUCAGCGACAUCGAGGGCCUGCUCAGGGACGGCACCUACACUGUUGGGGUCCUCAAUCGCACCGAGACCUACCAAGGACUCACGAAGGCAGAGCCUGGCAGCUUGAACCGGCUGCUGUUCGAGCGGCAGAUGGCGCCGUUCGAGGACAGCUUCCCGCGGACGAUAGACGUGGCGCUGCGGCGUGUGUGCGGACAGAAGCGCUACGCGUUCUACGGGCUGGAAGACGCCGUCAAGGCACUGCUGCGCCACGCCAACUGUUCCGUCGCCGCGCUGCCCUACUCUACCUACCCGCACAGCGUCGUCUUCGCCUUCUCACAGCGAAGUCCUUACCAGGGCAUUAUUAACUACAACCUGGGCCUUCUUCGAGACGCUGGCGUGCUGCAGCGACUGCGCAUGUACGAAUGGCCCAAGGAAGACACGAGCACCGUGAAGAGCUCGCUGACCAGCGUGUCACUGCGCAGCGUUACGCCGGUGCUCCUGCUGCUCGCCUCCAGCGCCGUCGUCGCCGUAGGGACGCUGCUGGUCGAGCGCUGUGUCGCUGCACGACAGCUGCCACGCUGUCCCAUCUAG